AACAACGAAGCAGCGAAUAACGGAGUUUGCAUAUGAGAUUCCGUAGGGCUUGACCAGUGCACGUGAUUCUUCUGAUAAGCAGAAGAAGCAUAAAGUGCAAGCAUAUCAUGAAAUAAUGAUCCAGUCUCAUUCCAAUACUCUCCAUUCACCGGAAAUAAAAAAAAAAUACGUAGCCACAGGUGGUACUAAAACCAACAGCUGCUGUAAUAAGUAGAGAGUAUGCUUAGGCCUAAGCACCUUUGCAAAAACAGUAACGAAACGUAAAAAAAAAGUGGAUAGUUAGCUCUAACCUUCACUGCACGCCUGGUCAGCUGCAGUUUAUGUGAACCUAACCUCCAGAAAGCCAUACUCGCAUUAUCAUCAAAGGAAAGGACCAAAGAUCGACUGUAAUGCGAGCAGUCACCAGCGUGGAUCAAAAAAAUUUGGGAAGGCAAGGCUACAGAAAUUCCAGCUUUUCUUCAAUAACUGUCAUGGCUACAGCAAUUGCAGCAGAACCAUUAUGCAUGUUCAUUGUUGUCCGUAAAGACUUGGCCAAGAGCUUGCAAUGGCCCACUGGAAGUGUCAUAACACAAGCUUGUCACGCAGCUACGGCCAUAUUGCAGCAGACGAAGGAUGAUGACAACACAAAAGAGUAUCUGAAAGAUAUUCAUAACAUGAGAAAAGUGGUCCUUGAAACCAAAAAUGCUGCUUCGCUUGAAAAGCUUGCUGAUGCUCUAGUAGAGCAUGAAAUUCCUCUUUUCAGAUGGACCGAGCAGCCCGAGAAUAUUGUGACCGCAUUCGCAACUGCACCUCUACGUGAGAGAUCAACGGAAGUGAAAGCGAUAUUCAAGAAAUACAGUUCAUUAUACCGUUAAACUUUUGAACAUAAUGUUCAACCAUACAAAAAUAUAUUUUAUUCGGGGGCGAUAGCGAAGUUUUCUGUCUAUAUUGUCUGUAGAGCAGAUGGAAUAUACGCUGAUUCGAAGAACACAGGGUUUGUC